AUGCAAAGAGCUCUUAAAGAGAUCGCAGCCAAGCUUGAAGCUUCUGGGCUAUUCGAGGUGGUUCCAUAUAAAUGCAUUCUCGCUGCAGAAGCUUGGGAUAUCAUCAGUAAACUGUACUGGCCCGACGGAGGUGCGAUGGUAAAAGAACAUCUUGACAAAGUUGGUGAACCGAUGCUCCCACUCUCUCAAUGGAUCAUCGACUGGAGCAAAAAGCUCACUUUGGAAGAGUACCUCGCUCUUGCGGCUAGACGAGACGAAUUCCGUAAAGCUCAAGCGGACCAUUGGCAAGCUUCUGGUGUGGACGUAGUACUUUCUCCACCUUCGCCCACUCCUGCACCUGCGUUGGGAACUGCUAAAUACUGGAACUAUACUUCAUUCUGGAAUUUGACCAAUUACCCAUCUGCGAUUUUCCCAACGGGUCAAUUCGUCGAUGCCACCAAAGAUGCCAAGGAUACUUCGUACACACCUUGUAAUGAGAGUGAGAAGAUUAUCUGGGAUAGCUAUGACGCUGGGCAGUCAUCAGGGGCACCAAUCUCACUUCAAGUCACUGGAUAUAUCGGUCACGAUGAAGCCACUUUGGUGGCUUUGGAAAAGAUUGUGAAGGUUAUUGUGUAG